AUGCAAGCCAAAGCACGCCAGCGAGCUCCUGCAGCAUUGAGACAGCCACAUCUCGUACUCCUCGCGACGACGAGCAAGCUCCAGGCCAGGCAAGACAUCGAGAUGGCCGACGAAGGUUCACCCGCCUCUUCAGACCUCAGCGAUGUCCCCUCCAUCGACAGCGACCACGAAGACCAGCUCAGCACCGCCGUACCUUCCUCGCGCCCAAGCGUAGACAUCACCGCCCACGACGCCGAGCACCUCGCCGCACCACCACCCAAACGCCGCAAAACAGGCAACCACAACACCAACACCUCCCUCUCCGCCUUCGCUCGCGACGACUCCACCGCGCCCGCCGAACCAGACUGGGACGCCGACAUCGCCUUAUCCGAAGACGGCUUUAGCGAUGGCCCCGGCUCCCCCUCACACGACGAAUGGACAUUACGGGAAGAAGCGCAGACCGCGUGUCUCUGGCGGGACUGCGAGUUCGGCGUCGCUCAGAAUAAUGAUGAGUUGGUGAAGCAUGUGCAAGGCACACAUUGCGCCACGGGGCUUAAGAAGACCAAAUAUGCUUGUGAGUGGGGCGAGUGUCAGAGGAAGAAUAGCAUACACCCUAGUGGGUAUGCGUUGAAGGCGCAUAUGAGGAGUCAUACUAAGGAGAAGCCUUAUUAUUGCGCUUUGCCUGAAUGUGACAAGGCUUUCACUAGAUCUGAUGCCCUGGCCAAGCAUAUGAGAACUGUCCACGAACCGGAAAUACCUCGUAGUGCCACCGCUGCUGCGGACGCGACACCGAUUACAGCUGGAAAAGGCAAAGGCAUCAAGAUUAAGCUCACCAAUGGCACGCCGAAUACGAAAUCUGCUCAGACACCUCUGGAUCCUUCAUCGCUGGGACCGGCGGUAGAUGAGUACGGCAAUGAAGUUACGCCUUCUCCAGCAAAUGACAAUAUCACAUACAUACCAGCCCACCAUCCAAUAACCGGCCAACCAGGUUUCAUGAUCCACUAUCCAGCAGACAUUCAUUUCUCUGGCUGGGAAAGCAGUAUACCAGCUGAUCAACUCAUGCGGCUGCUCCGACGACAGCUUCAUUGGGCAACGAAAGAAAACGAGCAACUAAAGCAAGAAGUUGAAGUCCUCGAGCAAAGGAAGAAAGAAGAAUGGGGUCUCAAAGAGAUUCUACUGGAGGGUGUACUGGAGUCUGAGCUCGCGAGAGGUGAGCAAGAAGGUCUGAUGCGAGAUGUCGACGAGCAUGUGCGUGAGACGAUGGAGAAGGACGUCGAGCACGCGAAGAACAUGACCUGGACGCCUCAGUCGCCGAGCUGGCGGCAUCCGACCGCUAGCUUCGCGAAUAUACCGGCAUUGCCACCUGCACCAUUAUCGACUCUCGCCUCUCAACACCACACCUCCCACCCCUGGCCCGGACAACCCGAAGACAAUGACGAUAUGAUGCACGACAACGAAGACGCCUACGACAGACCACCACCUGCCCUUAUCCCAAGCCGAGCCCAGACACCCUCCCAAGACGAUCGCUCCCCUUCGCCUCCUCCCACAGGCAAAAGCGGCGGUUUCGACGGCGAUCAAGAUCCCUACGAUAACUACGUAGGAGAUACUAUGGCGCAUUAUGAGAAUUUGAAGCGGGCGAGGGAGAUCGAGGUGGGGCUGAUCAGUGCGGAUGGGACACCGAUGAAAUCAAGUAUGCAGACGCAGGAGAGGCAGGAUGCGGAGGCUGAUGCUGUCGGGGCGUUGAUGGGGAUGCAGAGUGGUGGGAUGUGA